CCCAGCACAGGAGUCUGAAGGGCAAGACUGAGGCUGGAAAGAAAAACCGUUCUGGGGCUGGACGUGGCGACUGCUCUAGGGCACGACUCUCACUGGACCUGCCUGACGCUCCCCAGAAAUGACCACUUGCGUGUCAAAGCCCGGCCGUGCCCCGUGCUUGCCCUGCGGGGGAGACAGGUAGCGUGGGACAGCCUGCCGAGAGGACCUCCCUGAGCCUCUCAUCUCCCGGCUGAAGCCCCUGUUCUCGUAGCGCUGGCUGCGUGCACCCCCUCCCCCGCCCCGGGCAGUCUGGACCCGCAUCCCGGCGUGAGGAAGCCAGAAAACCAGCGGCCGGGUGAGUGGGUAGCGUUCAGAGGGGCAUCUGUGUCUUUGUGGGGACUCCCGGGGCCACGGACACCAGUCCUCUGUCCACCAUGGACAACGGGUCGUGCUGCCUCAUCGAGGGGGACCCCAUCUCUAAAGUGAUGCCCCCGCUGCUGAUCCUGGCCUUCGUGCUUGGCGCGCUGGGCAACGGCAUCGCCCUGUGUGGUUUCUGCUUUCACAUGAAGACCUGGAAGCCGAGCACUAUUUACCUUUUUAACCUGGCCGUGGCCGACUUCCUUCUCAUGAUCUGCCUGCCCUUCCGGACGGACUACUACUGGAGACACAGGCAAUGGGCUUUCGAGGACAUUCCCUGUCGGGUGGCCCUCUUCAUGCUGGCCAUGAACAGGGCGGGGAGCAUCACCUUCCUCACGGUGGUGGCGGUGGACCGGUACUUCAAAGUGGUGCACCCCCACCACAUGGUGAACACCAUCUCCAACCGGACCGCGGCCGGCAUCGUCUGCGCCCUUUGGACCAUGGUCAUCCUGGGGACUCUCUAUCUUUUGAUGGAGAGCCAUCUGUGUGUGCAUGAGAAGACCAUAUCUUGCGAGAGCUUCAUCAUGGAGUCGGCCAACGGCUGGCACGACAUCAUGUUCCAGCUGGAGUUCUUCCUGCCCCUCGGCAUCAUCCUGUUUUGCUCCUUCAGGAUUGUUUGGAGCCUGAAGCAGAGACGGCAGCUGGCCAGGCAGACUCGGAUGAAGAAGGCUACCCGGUUCAUCCUGGUGGUGGCCGUCGUGUUCAUCACAUGCUACCUGCCCAGUGUGUCGGCCAGGCUCUACUUCCUCUGGACAGUGCCCUCGAGCGCCUGUGACCCCUCCGUCCACGUAGCCCUCCACGUCACCCUCAGCUUCACCUACAUGAACAGCAUGCUGGACCCCCUGGUGUAUUAUUUUUCGAGUCCCUCGUUUCCCAAAUUCUACACCAAGCUCAAAAUCCGCAGUUUGAGACCUAAGAGUCCAGGAUGCUCCAAGACCCAGAGGCAGGAAGAGAUGCCAAUUUCAAACCUCUGUCGCAAGAGUUGUGUCAGCAUGGCAAACAGCUUCCAGAGCCGAUCCGACGUGCAGUAGGCUCUCCAAGUGUGUGGAAUGGCACUGAAACAGGCAGACAGACAAAACCAGGCAGGACAGACUGACGACUUAGAAAUAGUUCGUGCCAAGGGGCCAGAGGCUUUGAAAAUGCCGCCCUUUCUCAGCUCUCUCCUCCUCACUCUGUCUGGAAACGGAAUGCAGGUUACUAUGCCUUUUUGGACGGUUCCAGCUGAGAAGUGAGUCAGUUGCCUUUCUAUGACCCGAUUACAAUGACGGGACAAGACGUGCAUGAAGUGGGGCUUGUGUGUAUUGGGUGGGGUGAUGGGAAGAGCUCGGCUACCGUGUACUUUUAAGCGGCUGAGUAAAUAGGCAUCAGUGGGUAAACUUGUCAUGUUCUGUCUCUGGGGGAGUCGGUGAACUUAAUGACUUAGCAGUAUUUCCUAUCCUCUGACCUUAAGUCGUUACUUGUUUUAGAAAGCAGACACCGGAGUAAGUCAAUAGCUUUAUUUCAGGCUGAGUGAGGCUCUGUAGAGGGGAUGUCUUGACCUUCAUGACUGUCAUCUUCUCAGGACCCCUCGGGUGCGGUUCUGAUAUCUCAGUAGCCCAAAAAUAACAGUAGCAAAACAAUCUGCUCUGACCUUCUCAGAGCUCCACAUUUUUCUGCAAGUCUUUGCAUUUUCAAAGAAGGUGCUGGGGGCUGUGUUUACCUGCCCGGGAGUUUUCCAGUGGGAGCUGAGGGCUUGGAAAAAAUCCUGUUGGCCUUUGGGAAGCGCUGACUCUAGCGGGAUUGCUCUUGACCACUUGUUAUGUGACUAUGAGUUGAGGUUAUUUAUUCAUUCAUUCUCCAAGUAGGUACUGAAGGCAUAUUCCAUGCUGGGCACUGUGCUAGUAUCCCUUUUCCCUGGAGGGUCCUUAGUCAAUUCCUGUGUGACAGCAAAGUAUUUGGGGGUAGGGCAAACAGAAAGGUUAGCACUCUCACCCUCUCAGUGAAUAUAGUUUCUAGACCUGUUCAUGGCAAACAUCGCUAUAUUCCUCCUGUUUCAGGCUUCUGUACAAACGUCAAAGGGUGGAAAGGGUAAUGUCCUUGGCGUGCAUGAAUUUCCCACACAUGUACCUGGGGCCCUCAAAACUAGAUGAUUCUGUGGAAUGAGAGGCUGCCUCUGCCCUGUAUUAGGGGGGAGGAGUCCAAGCCAACCUUAGGUCUGUUCUCAAACCAUUCUUGGCUCUUUUGUUUACACUUUCUCAAAUUUCCAGGGUACUCUCUGCACCAGAUGACCUUACCAGCUUUUAGUUCUUUGGGCCUCGAAACACUCCUAUUGGCUGUUUUUUUAAUUUCCUUUUGCAGAGGCUCCACCCAGCCCGGGGAUGAAAAGUAUGGGCUCUGGAAGGUCCAACGAACCUAAAUUUGAAUCCCAACUAGCCCACCUAUUGGGUGUGUGAUCUGGGGGUGGAUUUUAUUUCAACAAUCAGCUUCCGUUUCCUCAUAUGUCAAACAGGAGGAACAAUGAUGUGGAUUUCGAGAGGUUGGUGGGCAGAUCCCACGAAACGUAAGCUCCCCAAGCAGAGGGAUUCUGUUCACGGUUACAUCCUCUCCAGGGCCUAGAAGAGUGCCUGCACAUAGUAGGUGCUCAAUAAAUAUUUGAAUGAAUAAACGAGGGUAGGCAAGCAUGAAGCACUGUGUCUGGCGGGAAGGACUCAAUAUUAUGACAUCUGGCAGGAUGCAGUUUGCACAAAGAUGCUGAGGCCUGGAAGCCAUUGCCCUCGGGGUUCAGAGUCGCCAGAGUAGCUGCUCUAUGAUCACUACCUGAAUCUCCCCGCUACCCAGCUGCCUGGGGAACCUAUAUCCUCUUGAAAGAAAUCUGUGGAAGCCCACACUUCUGCUUUGGAUUCUAUCCCUGCUCCUAAUUCUUUCCUGGACUGU